CACACAAGCAAAUAUCUCUCUGGAAGCAUCACGGCCCUUGGAAGUCUCGGGAAACCCCUCGCCCCCUAUAAAAACCCUUCUUUCACUUCCCCAAAUCUCAUUCCUGCCGCUCGCUCGCUUGCUCUCGUUGAAUCCAUCCCGCGUCUCCGAUCUGCCACGGUCAUGGACGAGGACUUCGACAUGCCGACCGAGGACAUGAUGGGCGAUCCCAACGGCAUGAUGGAUCUCCCCGACGAUGACGCCCCCGUCCUCAAGGUCGGCGAAGAGAAGGAGAUCGGGAAGCAGGGGCUUAAGAAGAAGCUCGUCAAGGAGGGUGACGGGUGGGACACCCCCGAGGUCGGCGACGAGGUCGAAGUGCAUUACACCGGGACGCUGCUUGACGGGACUAAGUUCGAUUCCAGCCGUGAUCGAGGCACCCCAUUCAAGUUCAAGCUCGGGCAAGGGCAAGUAAUAAAGGGAUGGGAUCAAGGUAUUAAGACUAUGAAGAAGGGUGAAAAUGCCAUCUUCACUAUACCUCCUGAGUUGGCUUAUGGUGAGUCUGGUUCUCCCCCCACCAUCCCACCCAAUGCCAUACUCCAGUUCGAUGUUGAGCUGCUCUCGUGGUCUAGCAUUAAGGACAUAUGCAAAGAUGGAGGAAUAAUCAAGAAGAUUCUGAAGGAAGGAGAGAAGUGGGAGAAUCCAAAAGAUCUGGAUGAAGUACUUGUGAAAUAUGAAGCACGGCUUGAGGAUGGAACAGUAAUAUCAAAGUCUGAUGGAGUUGAGUUCACAGUCAAAGAUGGUUUCUUCUGUCCUGCACUAGCUAAAGCCGUGAAGACCAUGAAGAAAGCUGAAAAAGUGCUCCUCACAGUGAGACCACAGUAUGCUUUUGGUGAGAAGGGUAGAUCAGCCUCUGGCGAUGAGUGUGCAGUGCCACCAAAUGCAUCUCUUCAGGUGGAGCUUGAAUUAUUUUCUUGGAAGACAGUUACAGAGAUAGGAGAUGAUAAGAAGAUUCUAAAGAAAAUUCUCAAGGAAGGAGAAGGCUAUGAACGACCAAAUGAUGGAGCUGUUGUCAGAGUGAAACUGAUCGGCAAGCUACAAGAUGGGACAGUUUUUGUGAAGAAGGGACAUGAUGACCAGGAACCAUUUGAGUUCAAGACUGAUGAAGAACAAGUUAUCGAUGGUCUUGAUCGCACUGUGACAACCAUGAAAAAGGGAGAGAUUGCCUUAGUUACAAUCCCACCUGAGUAUGCAUUCUCCUCCGCUGGAUCGAAGCAGGAUCUGGCUGUAGUUCCUCCCAAUGCCACUGUUGUUUAUGAGAUUGAACUUGUAUCUUUUGUGAAGGAAAAGGAAUCGUGGGACAUGAAUGACAAUGCAGAGAAAAUUGAAGCUGCUGCUAAGAAGAAAGAAGAGGGAAAUGCAUUGUUCAAAUUGGGGAAAUAUGCAAAAGCUUCAAAGAGAUAUGAAAAGGGGGCAAAGUUCAUAGAUUAUGAUAACAACUUCAGUGAGGAGGAGAAGAAACAAUCUAAAGCACUCAAGGCUGCUUGCAGCCUUAAUAAUGCUGCCUGCAAGUUGAAGCUCAAAGACUACAAAGAAGCAAUAAAGCUUUGCACUAAGGUGCUUGAGAUUGAGAGCAGCAAUGUGAAGGCCCUGUACAGGAGGGCACAAGCUUAUAUGCAGCUAGCUGAUCUGGAUUUGGCAGAGGUGGACAUCAAGAAAGCACUUGAAAUUGAUCCUAAUAACAGAGAUGUGAAGCUGGAAUACAAGAUUCUGAAGGAGAAAGUGAGGGAGUACAACAAGAAGGACGCCAAGUUUUACGGGAACAUGUUUGCCAAGAUGAGCAAGUUGGAGCCUGUGGAGCCCAAUAAGGGUGGAAGCAGAACAGGAUCCAAGCGAGAGACGGAGCCAAUGAGUGUCGACGCUUCUGCCUGAUGUCCAAAGUAUGAUCUAUAUUGUUAUAUGGCCGCUGUUCGACAGCCGUGGAUUUCUGAGUAGGGUGCUGCUGCGAGUCUUUCUUUUUCUUUCAGACUUGGCUUCUAAGCUAUCCGAAAUUUCAUGUUUGAGCAUGUUUGGUGGUACUAAUUAGCAUUUAAUAAUAUGUAGAACAAAAAAAAGUCAGAAAAUGUUUUAGUGUUUUA